AGCGUUUCUAAGAGAUAACAAAAAAAGCCGGCAGAAGAAAAUACAGAGAAAAUUAAACAACUACAUGACCAAAGAAGCUGGACCAGCACCAAGAAACGCAGAAAUAAUAACCAUGCAAUUUAAAUACAGACGAAUUUGAGCAGUCGCUGCUUCUUUCUUCAAGGUUACACCGCCCCUACGUCUUCUCGUCGCAGAUCAGCUGGCGCACGUUGGUCGAUAGAGAUCAUGUCCACGGAGGAGCAGGGAUACCCCGAAGCUAUGCUGCUGGAGGCCAGGCCGGAGUGGCUGCGGGCAGAAGUCGAGCGUCUUUCCCGGGAGCUGAGCGAGACAACCAGCGAGAAGAUCCAGGCGGCGGAGUACGGGCUGGCGGUGUUGGAGGAGAAGCAACAACUCAAGCAGCAGUAUGACGACCUGGAGGUCGAGUAUGAGGCUGUCAGGCAGGAGCUGGACCAACUGAAAGAGGCCUUUGGACAAGCUUACACCAACCACAGGAAGGUGGCAGCAGAUGGGGAAAGCCGGGAGGAGUCUCUGAUCCAGGAGUCGGCGUGUAAGGAGGCCUACUAUGAGCAGAGGGUCCUUGAGCUGCAGAACGAACUGCGGCAGACUCGCAACAUCCUGACCAAUACCCAGUCUGAGAAUGAACGCCUUGUUGCCAUCUCCCAGGAGAUGAAAGAGAACGGGGAGAUGGUGGAGCUCCAGAGGAAUCAGCUGCGUGAUGACAUCAAGGAGUACAAGUUCCGGGAGGGCCGUCUGCUGCAGGACUACACCGAGCUGGAGGAGGAGAACAUCUCUCUGCAGAAGCAAGUCUCCGUGCUCAAACAGAGUCAGGUGGAGUUUGAGGGUUUGAAGCACGAGAUCCGUCGUCUGGAAGAAGACACUCAGUUCCUGAACAGCCAGCUGGAGGACGCCAUCCGCCUGAAGGAAAUCGCUGAACGUCAGUUGGGCGAGGCUCUGGAGACCAUCAAGACGGAGCGGGAGCUCAAGACCUCUCUGAGGAAAGAGCUCUCCCACUACAUGAACAUCGGAGACACUCUGUAUCACAGUCCUUUAAGCAUUUCCCUGGAUGGCCUCAAGUUCAGUGACGACGCCGCCACGGAACCUAACAACGACGAGGCUCUGCUUGGAUAUGAGAACAGCUUCACCAAACUGGCCAACACCAUCAACGAGGACAACCGCAUCUCCACUCCUAAUAAGGAGGAGCUCUUCUGCCCAGUGCCCAGCCUGGUCGACGACCUGCUGAGUGAGCUGAACAUCUCAGAAAUCCAGAAGCUCAAACAGCAGCUGAUGCAGAUGGAGCGGGAAAAGGUCAACCUGCUGUCCAAUCUGCAGGACUCCCAGAAACAGCUGGAGCAGGCCAAUGGGGCUCUGUCCGAGCAUCAGGAGAAGGUCAACCGGCUGACCGAGAACCUCAGCGCCAUCCGUAAGCUCCAAGCCAGCAAGGAGCGCCAGUCUGCUUUGGACAACGAGAAAGAGCGGGACAGCCACGAGGACGGAGACUACUACGAAGUGGACAUUAACGGACCGGAGAUCCUGGAGUGCAAGUACAAGGUGGCCGUGUCUGAGGCAGGGGAGCUGAAGGAGGAGCUGAAGACGCUGAAAGCAGAAUACCAGACCUGUCAGUCGCGCUACGACGAGGAGCGCAGCCGUCUGGAGAACGACGUCAGGUCUCUGGGAGAUAAGCUGUCCAAUCUGGAGAGGACCACUUUUGUGGAGAGAGAAGAGAAGGCUAAGCUGGAGAAAGAGCUGCGCAAGCUGAGUGACGUGGCGGGCGAGUCCCAGGGCAGUCUGAGCGUGGCCCAGGACGAGCUGGUAACAUUCAGCGAGGAACUGGCCACCCUCUACAACCACGUCUGCAUGUGCAACAACGAGACCCCCAACAGAGUGAUGCUCGACUUCUACAAGGAGGGCAAAGGUGGCCGGAGCAGCCCGGAGGGCCGCGGUCGGCGUUCUCCCAUCCUGCUGACCAAGGGUCUCUUCCCAGAGCACGGAAGGGCCGACCUCAGUGAUGGCGCUCCCUCGCCCGUCUCCUCUCUCCCCUCCCCUGUGUCGGACCACCGUCGCGAGCCCAUGAACAUCUACAACCUGGUGGCAAUCAUCAGAGACCAGAUCAAGCACCUGCAGCUGGCCGUGGAUCGCACCACAGAGCUGUCGCGUCAGCGGGUAGCAUCUCUGGAGCUCGGCACCGUGGCAGACAAGGACAAAGAGGCCUGCAUGGAGGAGAUCCUCAAACUGAAAUCCCUGCUGAGCACCAAGCGGGAGCAGAUCGCUACUCUGCGGACUGUCCUCAAGGCCAACAAGCAGACAGCUGAGGUUGCUUUGGCCAAUCUGAAGAGCAAGUAUGAGAACGAGAAGGCCAUGGUGACGGAGACCAUGAUGAAGCUGAGGAACGAGCUGAAGGCUCUGAAGGAAGACGCUGCGACCUUCUCCUCUCUCCGAGCUAUGUUUGCCACACGCUGCGACGAAUACGUCACCCAGCUGGAGGAGAUGCAGAGGCAGCUGGCCGCAGCCGAGGACGAGAAGAAGACCCUUAACUCUCUGCUGAGGAUGGCCAUCCAGCAGAAGCUGGCGCUGACGCAGCGCCUGGAGGACCUGGAGUUCGACCACGAGCAAACCCGACGCGGCGGCAGCAGCGGGCGCUCCAAGGCCCGCAGCAAGGCCGCCGGCACCACCGCCACCACCGCCACCACCGCCACCAGCAACCCCCACGUAAGUCAGAGUCUCACCUGCUCUGGCUCCGGCAGACCCGAGCUCAACAACGCCAUGCCCAACGGCAUCCUGGGAGGCCCCGCCAUCUUCUGCAGUGAGAAGUACAAGAUCUACUGCGACUGAGAGGCGGCUCGGACGUCCAGCUGGACUGCUGUGUACAGAGGGCAGGGUGGGGGGCCGAACCCUCCCUGCCCUUAGUGUUAAAGAGCCCCACUCGCUCGCUUUGCUCCCCGGCCAGCCUGCGCUCCUCUAGGGACUGCUGCGUUACUAACCGGCUGCUCGUUUGUGCUCGUGUAACCGCUUAGGGGAAUGCAGAUGUAUGUACAGUGUGCUGUGGACUGUAGUAGACAUAACUGGCAUGUGGGUUCAAGAGCCCUGGUUAUAAUGGGGGUGGGGGGUGUUGUGGAUUUUAUGGAGUGUCUAUUCUUUCCGCUGUCAUGGUGCUGUACCUAUGAUGUAAAAGGUUGCAGCUUCUGUGUUUAUCUGUUCUGGCCCAGUAACAUAAACACAUGGUGGGGGGUGUGGAGGCAUGUAAAGAUGUCGGACUGAACGUCAUCCUCUGUUUGGCGUGUCUGUCGGUGCUCCUUUGAUGAAAAUAGCCCUUAACUUCUCUCCCUUCCUUUCCAUCCUGACCAGGGACUCCUGUAUGCGGCAGCCCUUUUUUUUUUUUAAAUCAAGUAACUGAUGUUUACAAGAAAAUGAACUAAAAUAUGCAAGUUCCCUCUGCUUUGUGGCUAGGGGAGCAUCAAAACGAAUCUAUGUACCAAUUUAAACUGAGAAAGGGAGGGGGGGAAGGUUUCUUGGUUUUAUAUUGUAAAGGUUCGGGCAGAAAAAGGAGCACCUGUGACCGCAGGUGUAUAUUUCAGGAUCAGUUUAAAGCUGUGAUGCUAGCGCACCAAUACAAUAACGUCAGUAGGAUUGCAUGGCUUUGCAGCUGAAAACGCUUAAAAAAACAAAAAAAAAAGACUUACCGUUAUUUUCUGUCAUCAGGUGUGUUAUCAGAUGAACUGCAGGGCUCUACAUUGCAAAAAUCCCAGUUAAUUGGUGUACGGUGAAACACAGGAGGGGCUGUGAGCGCCGCGCGACCCGACGUGUCGCGUUGGGUCCGAUCAGAGCCAUAUCACAA